GAAAUUUCAAAGAUAUCAUCAAUUCAUUAGAUAGAUAGAUAGCUGAUCUCGGACCACACUUUGGAAGCUUCCUGCAAGAAGAACAUUCGUCGCAUCAUGUCACCGCCUGCUGAUAUCAAGGGUAGAAAGAGAGAGUCUGGGGCCGCUCGAGUAUUGGGUUCAGGAACUUCUGGUAUCGCCGAGUUGCUGGUCUUCCACCCAGUCGACACAGUCGCUAAACGACUCAUGUCUAAUCGAACCAACGUCUCAUUCGGAAACCUUAACACGAUCAUCUUCAAAUCCGCUGCUCAAUCCCCAAUCCACCAAAAGUUCUUGUCUCUCUUCCCCGGUCUAGGAUAUGCAGCGGGCUACAAGAUCGCUCAGAGGGUGUACAAAUUUGGUGGACAGCCGUAUUUCAGAGAUUUGAUCGAUAAGAACGGUGGAGAUUACUUUAGAAAUACAUUUGGAAAGAAAUGGGGCGGAUUGAUGAUGCACGCCACGGCUGGAAGUUUGACAGGAAUGGGCGAAGUGGUCCUGUUACCGCUCGAUGUGCUCAAGAUUAAAAUGCAAACUAAUCCUGAUGCUCUUCGUGGUCGUGGAUUCUUCCGCCUACUCUCUGAAGAGGGUAUUGGAUCGCUGUACAAAGGUUGGGGAUGGACCAUUGCUCGAAACGUCCCGGGCAGUUUCGCCCUGUUCGGAGGAUCAGCCGUAACGAAAGAGUACUUGUUCCACCUUGAAGACUACUCGAGCGCCACUUGGGGUCAGAACUUUGUCGCUUCCAUUACUGGUGCCGUCGCUUCCAUCACUGUCGCCUCUCCUCUCGACGUCGUCAAGACACGUAUACAGAAUGCCAACUUUAACUCUAGCGAAGGUGGAUUCGCCAUCAUCCGGGAAAUGGUCAAGACGGAGGGUGUCUCAGCUUUCUUCAAGGGGUUGACACCAAAGAUCCUCGUCGUCGGACCCAAGCUCGUGUUCUCGUACACUCUUGCCCAGAGUCUGAUCCCCUUCUUUGGCAAAUACGUAUAAGCACAAAAAGGCAUCAAAAGCAUCCACACCGCCCACGACAAGAGUACCGUAUCAUACGCUGCCUUCCGGUCCUUGGACCGAUAGAUUCGUCACACCUUAACGACCACCCAGUCUCCCUUCCGAACGGCCCCCCUCUUUUCAACUACGAUAUCCUGUGAUAUAAUGGCAAAGCAAGAAUGACUCUACCCGGGCAUCAUCGAUUGUACCCCAUUCACCGCUCUAGACCGGACCUGCAAUAUUUAUGCAUGCCCAUUCCUGUAGA